UCAGGUUUGAAUAAGGGAAGUUUGACAGAGAGAGGAGCUCUGCACUGAGACACAUCAGCUCUCAGCGCUCCAUGUGAUACACAUACACACACAAAUCUGAUCUGUCUGUGUUUGCCUGGAUCAGACUCAGCGACGGAGCACUCUGGCGUAAGAUCGCUUAGAUCUAAAGGAGAACUGCCCGAGUGUUUAUUCUGAGGUUUGAUCUUUAACCGGGAUUUGCGAUGGAUGUUCUACCCAUGUGCAGUAUUUUCCAGGAGCUACAGAUCGUGCAUGAUACGGGCUAUUUCUCAGCUUUACCUUCAUUGGAGGAAUACUGGCAACAGACAUGUCUGGAGUUAGAGCGCUACCUGCAAAGCGAGCCAUAUGUCUCGUCGGAUCUUAAGUUCGACUCUCAGGAGGACCUGUGGAGUAAGCUUAUCCUGGCAUGCGGAGAAGGGAACAAGAAUGAAUCCAUCUCCCACUCUGAUCUGGCUCGCGUCAAGGAGGAGGACGCUCAGGACGGCCCCAUGUCGGAGACGCGCAGCGUGAACUCUGAUGCCAGCAGCGAGGCCUCGGAUAGCUCGGAGGAGCUCUCGCCUACUCACAGCUUUGGCUUGAACCCACUCGGCUCGGGACACUUGGGCUCGUCCAUCAUCGCCACGCCGCCUUCAUCUCCGGAGGCUCUUCUGGAGCCAGGUGUUCCUCAGCCCUGGGGGUCUGUACACACUGAACUGCUCAUGCCUGGCAAGGUUAGGCACGGUGGCCUGGCCAAGAUCUUGGAUAAGUCAUCUACAGCUGGUGGAGACGCAUCUCCGGAUGGCAAGAGGAGGGUGCACCGGUGCCAAUUCAAUGGGUGUCGCAAAGUUUACACAAAGAGUUCUCACCUAAAGGCACAUCAGCGAACUCACACAGGUGAGAAGCCGUACAGGUGUUCGUGGGAAGGCUGCGAUUGGCGCUUUGCACGCAGCGAUGAGCUAACCCGGCACUUCAGGAAGCACACUGGUGCAAAGCCAUUCAAAUGCAGUCACUGUGACAGGUGUUUCUCCAGGUCAGACCACCUGGCACUGCACAUGAAGAGACACCUCUGAGCGAGUCGUGGCCGGUGUGGAUUUGCUCUUGUAUCGUGACCAGCCUUCUGGUCGCCCUUCCUCUUGUCUGGGGGAGGAGUGUGUGUCCAGCCAAAGCAUGCCAUUUUGCACUGUACCCUGUGCCUCCGGGAUCCUCGGGGAGAAAGGCCUACUGAGAGGUUGUGGAAAAUAACGGAAAGGGACAAAAUCACGGGCGAGAUGCAAAGUAUGAAGGACUUUGAACAAAAAAAAAAAAAAAAAAAGUAGAAAAAAAACAACAAACAAACAAACAAAAAAACUUACUGCAAAAAAAAAAAAAAUGAAAGAACUUGAAUGAAUGACUCAUGAGGGGUGUGAUGUAUGGUGCAUGAUGUUUUGGGACUACUUCUGGACAACCAAUACACUGGUACAUAUAAAAAAAGCCUGUCUGGAGUGAAUAUGAGCUGGCAGAGGAUGAGUGUAUGGUGUGUGAGGGGAAAAUUAAGGGAGGGGGGGUUACCGUUAUGCCAGUGUGACUGAAUGAAUGGUGUGGUAAAUGGAGUUCCGUUUUUUUGUUUCUGUGCGAGACUGUGAGAAGAAAAGCGUGUCUGUGCAGUAUCAGUGUGGAAGCAGGGACUCGCCCAGCUCCCCCAGGCUCCGUGCCCUAAAAGGGAUGAUGGGAAUCCACUCCAACACCACCCCGCCUCCCUCGGAGGAUCUGCAGAGUGAAUGAGAGUGGCUUUUUUUGGUGUUUGGUGCAGCUACUAAAUGUGCAAUGUGUUCGGUGGCUUGUUUUUAUGGACAGGCUACGAAAAAAGCUCUUUUCUUGUCCAUUGUAUAAGCUGUGUGCUUAGAAAUAAAACACAAAAACUAUAACUUCACUAUAGACAGGUGUUGCAUGGUAUUAGGGUUUGUACUCUUCUGUUUUUUCUCCUGUUCUUUAUCAGGACUGCUAAUAGAUUCCAAUAAAGUGCAGCUAAAUACGAAUGGUUAAAUGAUACAAUAUUGUACAUAAAUGGAUUGAUAAUUCUUAUCCUUACCCCCUCCAUUGACACUUUUUACGUGAGGAGUAACCACUAUUGCUUAGCUUAGCAUUCAUCUUCUUUUUACGUUUUCUUUUCUUUAGUUUCUUGUCAUUGGUGAGAACCUUGAUUCUCUCUGUCUUGUCAUUUCUUGCCCAGUCUUUCCAUUUUUACCUGUUAUUAAUGCACUGUUGACCUUAAUGGUGCCUUAUGCAAGUGACCUUGUCCUGUGGAAUAGAUUGAUCUGGUUGUGGGGUCACAAUGUCUUCUUGUAUGAGUGAGUGAAAUCGCUUUAUUGAGGCUCAAUUUCCUGUACAAAUGCACCUUUUUCUUUACAAAAAUGGCCACUCUAACCAUCCAACCAAAUAUUGUCAUGUUAUUCCAUAUCAGAAACCUAAAUUGAGGAAAACUCUGCAAGGUUUACUAUUAAAAGCACUUAAAAUACUUU